UUGCCAUGUUGACCGCACUGUGCCGCCGCCGGGUCGUUGCCCGCGCUCUGUCUGCCGCCGCCGCCCAACCCAAGCGGGCAUUUGGAUCUGUCGCUGUGGAUCGCGAUGAUCAGACGAUCUCGGCUGAAGCGGCCGAGAACAAGUACAUCGUGAAGACGUACAACUCGAAUGGUGUGCGGACCAAGAAAGGGUUGGUGAUCACCCAUGGAAAAGGACCGUACUUGUUUGAUUCCCACGGCAACAAGUACUUGGACUUUUACUCGGGUAUUGCCGUGACGGCAUUGGGACAUGCCGACCCCGAAGUCGCCAGGGCUGUCGCCGACCAGGCCGCGAAACUGUGUCACGUGAGCAAUCUCUUCCACUCGGAACCUCCGCUUCGCCUCGCGCAAACGCUGGUGGAGAACUCUGGUUUUGACAAAGUGUUCUUUGCCAACUCGGGCACGGAAGCGAACGAGGGCGCGUACAAAUUUGCGCGGUUGUAUGGGAACAAGGUGUCCCACGGAACGGAACUUGAAGGCCAGAAGAAUCACGUGAUUGCGUUCAAAGGCGGGUUCCACGGCCGGUCGUCCGGCGCGCUGUCGCUAACGUACAAGCCAGCCAUUCGCGAACCGUUCCUUCCGCUGGUCCCGGGGGUUUCAUUUGCCGAAUACAACAACCUCGACGACGUCCGCCGCCUGAUUUCGACCCGCACAUGCGCCAUCAUUGUCGAGCCCAUCCAGGGAGAAGGAGGAGUGCUGCCUGCAACCCCGGGCUUCCUUCAAGGCCUUCGCGCUCUUGCCGACGAGUUUGACGCGCUGCUGAUCUGUGACGAAGUCCAAACCGGGCUCGGACGGACCGGGAAACUGUUUGGCCACGAAGUGUACGGCGUGCAGCCCGACAUAAUGACGUUGGCGAAACCUCUGGCCAAUGGCCUGCCCAUCGGCGCCGUCCUCACGUCCAACAAAGUUGCAGAAGCCGUCCCUGCCGGCGCCCACGGCACGACUUUUGGCGGCAACCCCGUCGUGUGCGAAGCGGCCAAUGUGGUCGUGAACCGAUUGCUUCAACCUGGUUUCUUGCUGCACGUACAAAAGAUGGGUCGACUGCUGGCGCAGGGACUCAAAUCUGUCCAAGCCAAGCACCCCGACAAAAUUGCCGAGAUCCGAUUGCCCAUUGGCGAAGCGGGGCUGUAUGCUGGCGUGGAACUCGUGGGCCCGGCGGCUCCCAUCAUCGGGGACUUGGUAGACCAAGGAGUGCUUGCCAUCACGGCCGGGGAAAAGGUCAUUCGAUUGUGCCCGCCACUGGUUGUGACGCAAGAUGAAGUGCAAACGUUCCUCACGGCGUUCGAGUCGGCAGUGGCGAAAUAUACCGUCUCCUAGACAGAUAUGUAACACGUAAUAGAUGUAAGCAAACGUCAAGGA